CUUUCGGUGAGAGUGAUACGCGACAUGGCUGCUACAGAAGUUUUAAACGGUGUUAAUUAUUUCGAAGGGGUUGAAAAACUUCUUGAAAUUUGGUUCACUACCAGUGAUGGCAAUCAUAAAUCUGCAGAUUUGAGGAGAAUUCCAAGAGCGAAAUUGGAAUCACUAAUGAAAAUUGUCCGCUGUGAAAUAAUUAGUUUUGUGAAAAAUGAGCAAAUUGACGCAUACGUGUUGAGUGAGAGUUCUAUGUUUGUAUCCAAACGACGUUUUAUUUUAAAGACUUGUGGUACCACAACUCCCCUUUUAUGUCUCGAACCUCUUCUCCUUAUGGCAGAACAGUACGCAGGCUUUACAGAAGUUGAAGAUUUGUAUUAUUCAAGAAAGAAUUUUAAGAGGCCCGAUUUGCAGGUCAUGCCUCAUCAACAUUUUGACCAAGAGGUUGCUCUUCUAGACACACUCUUUCCAGACGGAGCUGCCUAUUGUUUGGGAGCGGUGAACAGAGACUGUUGGUACCUGUAUACUUUCAACCCUUUACCCCAUCGUCUGCCGACGUUGCCCAAUCCCGAUGAACCGGACCAAACCCUGGAAAUCAUGAUGACAGACCUCGACCCUGAGAUUAUGUCCAUAUUCACGAAAGAAGAGUGUCUGAAUGCUACAGAAGCCACCAAGAAAGCUGGUAUUGAUAAAAUAAUCCCAAAUAUGAUCAUUGAUGAUUUCUUAUUUGACCCUUGCGGUUACUCCAUGAAUGGCGUGACUAAAAAUAUAUGUUCAGAUCUUGAAGAUGGCUGCUACAUGACUAUCCAUAUCACUCCGGAACCUGAUUUUUCCUAUGUUAGUUUUGAGACAAACAUUCCUUCCAGCUCUUACAAGGAGAUUAUCACUAACGUGCUGGAAACAUUCAACCCAGGAAAGUUUACAGUCACUGUUUUCUCCAACCAACUAUCCCCAACAAAGGACACUUCAAAAGAGGUACUCUUUUUAAACCAGUUGGGGGACUGGCAACGGCGCGAUGUGCAGCAGUGCAGCAUCAAAAACUACGAUCUCGUUUACGCUUUCUUCUGCCGUUUCCCAAGCUGAGGGUAUCCGGACGAGUUGUGCGAAUGCACGGCUAACAAAACACUUUCCCUCAUCCUUUCUUCCACUCCUUUCCCGUCUAAAGUCUUCCCUCGACAUUUUCCCAGCACAUCAUCAUUGUCCUGCAGAUCUCCUCACCAUCAGAUAUCCCACCUACUAGUUCAUUACUUCAUGCUUCAUUUUAAUAAUAAUUUUGACGCUGAUGACCUCAAAAUGACUUUGCCCAAGUCUUUUGUUCCGAGUUUCUUAUUUUAUUAUGGAUGUUCCGUUAUGGCUUAUGAGCUAUUCUCAAAAUUGGGACUCCUUAAAACUAGAAAACACGUUAACGAGUGCCCGUCUCAAAAUUCUCACAAUAUCUUAUUUGGGCCUUUUUCAUUCUUUUUUCUAUAUUUUACACUGUUCGUUCCUGUAUUUAAGUUCACCGAUUUCGAAUCGCCACUUGUACUUUUUUCCUGGUGGCGAAAUAAGAUAUCGUGAGGUUCGAGAAAAAACUUUUAAAGUAGGUAGAGCACUGUGGACUAGUUGCCCGACCUAUGAGGGUUGGAUGGAUCUAAACUAAACUAGCAUACAUUUUGUCCUGAAUGUCCUACCUAUUUGAAAGUUUUAGCUGUGAAUUCUUUCCGAUUCUAAAGUAGAUGAAUUUCGUUUUUGUAAAGAGCCUUAUUUGGAUGAACAACUCAAAAGAAUUUUUCUAAAAUAUCAGGGUUGAAUAGGUCCAUUCCUUGUAAAAAAUGAGCUCUAAAUGUUACGUAGAAAAUGUUAUUCUGUUACAUUUUAGAAGUUGUUUUAUUUGGAGAUUUAAAACAAAGAAUUGUUUAUUAUAUCAAAUUGAAAUAUGGGUCAUUUGUAGAAAUUAUAUCCAAACAAAUUUAAUAUUCUUGAUUUUAAGUGACAAAUUAAAGCUAAUAUUGCGAUGCCAUUAUUUUUAACACAGGAUAUUCGCAAAAGUUUAAAUAUCAUCAAAAAUAGUUUGUUUUGGUGAAAAAUUAAAAUACAAAUCUUCCAUUUUUCAAUUUUAGGUGGAUUUAUUCCUACUAGUAAUUAAAAUACCUACAUUGUGAACCUUCAAUCAAAAUUGUAGGAUUAAUAUAGUUGUUCAG